AUGACGGACCCGAGACACCCCGAAGGGCAAGACGAGGUUGCAGAGCGGCCUUUCUCAGAGCAGGGUAUCAAUCUCGACCACUCCCAGCUAUACACCAGCAGUCAUGAUGAAGGGACAUGGCCUUGGCUAGUCUCUCCUGUGGAAAGCAUUGGAUCCACAAACGAUGCCUCGGAUCUAGACUUUGACUGGUUCACCGGCCUGCCAGGACAAGAACAAGAGGCAGCACCUCUCGGAUUUGAGCCAACCGGGACCACCGAGGACCCCCAGUUCAAUGUCACACAGCUGGCUCUCCAUCAGCAAGUGCAAAACGACGACUUCUUCGCCAAGAUUGGGGCCUGGCGUCCGCCCGCACCAUGCAGCCACUGCCGGCGCCUCCGGUUGCAGUGCUUCAUCAUCCAGAGAAAGGCCGCCAACCCGAACCCCUUCCUCGCCUGCUCCAGCUGCGUGGCACUGUAUCGCGAGUGCAGCCUCUCUGGGCAAGAGAAACGCCCGCCGUUGCCUUUUGAGACUGCGAGGCCCGUUGUAGGCCAGCUACACGGCGUCAACGAGGAGGUCUUCUCCAUGGACGACCUUCUCGGCAUCGGCAACGUGGACGUGCCAUCGCUGGCCGCAGCACCUACGCCGAUGCCCGUGUUACAGCCCUCGGGCAAGAGGUCGAACUCGCGGCUGGUCGGCAGGACGAAGCCGCUGAGGAACUGGUUCGCGAAUCACCUCGACCACCCCUACCCGUCAGACCAGGACAAGACCACCCUGGCGGAAGAGUCCGGCCUCAGCCGCUCGCAGGUCAUCAACUGGUUCACCAACGCCAGGCGGCGGCACCGGCACUCCGCUCGGGACAUGUCGAAGACCGUGUUCGCUCAGGGCUCGCCGGUGCCGCAGAUGCUGACCUCGCAGAUGACGCCCUUCGAGCGAUGGCGCCACUCCCCGCCCGAGGAAGACCCGGUCUCGGCUGCCGCCAUCGAGGAAGCCCUCCAGACAGGCUCCUCGAGCACGACGGACAGCUUCGUCCAGUCGAACAGCCUUUCCUAUGCCCACAGCGGAUCGGACUCGUGCAUAUCGCCCCAUCUGCUCUGGAAGCACACGCACACACCCUCGGUAUCGUCGAGCCGCUCCUCCUUCUCCACCGACUCUCAGUCCGCCUUCUCCCUCUCGGCCCGGGGCUCAGAGGACGGGAGACCAGCCGUCCCGGCACCGCCCGCCCGGAGGUCCCAGGGCGCGCGGGGCUUCCCCUGCUCCGUCUGCAGCCGCACCUUCUCCAAGCGGCACGACGCGCGCCGCCACGAGCGCACGGUACACCACCUCCGCGGCGCCGGCGACGCGGCCUGGAUCUGCGGCAUACCCUUGCCGCGCGGAGGCCAAGGGCAGCAGCAGCCGCCCUUCGCGACGUGGCGCGUCGGGCAGAGCGGCCCCGAGUGCGUGUUCUGCGGGCACGCGGCGCCGACGGAGGAGCACUUCCGGUCGCACGAGUGGGAGGCGUGCGCGCAGCGGGCGGUGCCGGACCGCACGUUCAGCCGCAAGGACCACCUGUGGCAGCACCUGUGCAAGUUCCACGGCUGCCGGAAGUGGGAGGGGUGGACGCCCGACCUGGAGCUGCUGCGCGGAGGGGGGGAGGGGCUGGGCAGUAGAGCCCUCUGA